AUGGUCUUCCACGCAUUAUCUGAACAUGUCAAGCACAUCAGGCAGCUGCAUAUGCAGAAUAAUGUGCUGCAGCAAGCAGUUGAUGCAUACUGUGCCGAGCUUGCCAAAACAGAGAAUGAAAAAAGGAAGGGAGUACAAACCAUUGCUGAUGAGUUUGGGAUCUCUUUGCAGUACACAACUAUUCAUAACCAUGCAACAGGAAGAACAGUCCUGAUGUUGGCAUUUAAUGCAACAAAACAGAAGCUUCUGCCUUCAGAAGAGCUCACAAUGGCCCACUUCCUUCUCGAGUCAGCCAAACAUGCUGCAGACACACUGGGAAAGAGUCUUGAUACCCAGAGAAUCAAGGCUCUGAACCCUCCAAAUGUCAAGCAUUGGUUUGCAUUAAUCAAAGAGCAUAUUGUGAAAAAGGGUAUCCUACCGGAGGACAUCUACGGAAUGGAUGAAUCAGGUUUCCCUCUGUCAGGGAGCACUGCCGCACGCCAAUAUGGCACUACACUUGCCCCAAUGAUUAUCUACAAAGGGCAAAAUUUCAUGCAAAAAUGGAAUGAUAACAAUGUUGCCCACACUUUGAUUUGCCACUCGCAAAAUAGAUGGACAGACAGUGAACUCUGUUUAGAUUGGAUAAUCAAUGACUUUGAUCCCCAAACAAAGACAAAAGCGGAUGGACAAACUGGAGUGCUCCUCAUGGAUGGGCACAGUUCCCAUUUCACUCCCAAGCUCCUUGAGUAUGCCAUGGAAAACAACAUCAGUAUACCCGGUUACCCACCACCCAUGCUCUUCAAAGCCUUGAUGUUCGAAGAGGUUGCUCAGUUCCAUGCAACUCAUCGAAGGGGGGUCAAGAAAACUGACUUUACUGGCACAUUUGGGCGCUCAUUCCUACGUGCAUUUACUCCAGACUUGAUCCAGAGUGCAUUUUGCGUGACGGGAGUGCAUCCGUUUGAUCCCAAGGUGAUCACACCAGAUCAAAUGAAGCCGAGUGAAGAGACUUCAACUCAUGGCAAGUUCCCACUGUCUUACCCAACUCCUGUUUGUGCAGUGUUGUCAGCAUUCUCAAACUAUCAGCCUACAUCAUUUGAGCUCUUGCCAAGCACACACACUGGCCAAACACUGCAGCAAGACCAUCAAGAUUUCCUGGUAGCCUUGAUUCACCGUCCCCCACAAGAAUGCGUCUACCACAUAGAGCCGCCCGUGGAUUCCCCAUCAAAGAGGAUGUGUCUGACGACAGGAUCUCUGUCACGGACUUCUUCUGGCUCAUUUUUGGCAUCAAAAGCAAGGAUGGGGAAAGGACAUGCCAUCAUUGAACCCAUCUUCCAAAAGCCUGCCAUACUCCCAGCACCUGACUGGAGGUUAUUGACACCUUCACAGCCAUCCUCAGGUAGUGUCGACGGUGAUUUGUUCUGGAAAACAUGGGCGCUACACCUUGAGGAGUCCCUACGCCGCACAAAGCAGCUCCUUUCUGCUCACAAGGAUAUUAGCGCAGGUCAGAAUGCUCAAAUUGUGAUUCAAGACCUCACCUUGCGUAAACUCAAUAAAACACUCAACAAAAACAACAAGAAGAAGGGAUCUGACCAAACCAAGCUGUAUCCAAAAGGAAAUGGGUGCCACAUGAUGGAAAGGCAGUUCGUUGAUGAACUGAGGCAAGACCAAGCACAGCGGAACGAAAAGGCAAGGGAGAAAGCACAGAGGAAAACUAACAGAGAAGCGAGGAAGGGGGAAGGAGCAGAGUUGGAGGAACAAUGGAAGGCCAUCAAAGAACAGCACAAUGCUGCUGUGAAGGCCUGGGAAGCUGAAUGCAAGCAAUUGGAGGUGGAGGGUGUGCGGAAGAAAGAUUGGCCUAAAAAGCCGGAACGAGCGCUGAAGCCUAAGCAUGCACAAGUGCCGAGUGCUCCGCAAGGCGGCGAGAAUAGUGCAGAAGAAGGAAGGGGUGAAAGACUGGUUGACAAAGGCAAUGUUAACAGCGAGGAGACAACAGAUGACAAUGAGUGA